AUGGAGGCUGUACUAGAGAAGAAAAAGAAGGUUGCCAUUGUGUCAGAAACCUUUAAGAAAAAGUGGAGGAAUUUUGCAGAGUUGAAGGUGAAGCACCUGAGAAAGAAGUUUGCCCUGAAGACACUGCAAAAGGCGACAGGAAGCUCAUCUAUGAGAAGAACCAAAAUUGGCAUUUGUCAUCAGAAUCCAAGGUAUCAGUGGAGUAAGCCCAAAGGUGUGCAAGGUAUUGCAGCUGCUUGUCUUAGGCAGAUCUUCAUUGGCACCGUUGUGAAGCUCAACAAGGCUUCAAUUAACAUGCUGAGGAUUGUGGAACCAUACAUUGUAUGGGAGUACCCCAACCUGAAGUCAGUGAAGGAGCUCAUCUACAAGCGAGGCUAUGGCAAAAUCAAUAAAAAGUGGAUUGCCUUGACAGAUAAUUCCUUGAUUGCUCGAACUCUUGGUAAAGUUGGCAUCAUCUGCAUGGAGGAUCUAAUUUAUGAGGUCUACACAGUUGGGAAACGCUUCAAGGAAGCAAGUAACUUCCUGUGGCUCUUCAAACUAUCUUCCACACCAGGUAGAAUGAAGAAGGUGGAGAUGCUGGCCAACAGGGAAGACCAGACAAACAGUCUUAUUAGAUGGAUGAACUAA